AUGCUGGUCGACUAUGGCAUAGGCACCCUCGGCACCUGCAAGGAGUAUGUUCACUCUGUCGAAGUGACUUACAAAGGCAAAGUGUUCGACUACUGUCUCUCUGUGAUACUGGACAAUGAAUCCGCCGUCGUCUGCGGCCGUGAACAAUGGGGCUCCCCGAAACGUUUCGGGCACGUUUUUAUCAACAUGCACACCGGGUCCCACAUAAUACAGGGCCAUGCCGAGAGACCGCUAGGACAGAAACUUGUCAAUUUCAAUUUUGCGCCCUCGCGUCUCCUCCCUGCUGUGUCAAAGACCAUCUCGGCAUCAAAUCUUCGCGUCAUCCCCUCGCCGCUGGCAAAUCAUCCGCCAUCGGUCAAGGAACUAGUGCCCGCCACCAUUGACUUUGAAGCAAAAGAGGUCUGGUUUGGGACCGGGUCUCUCUCUUUUCCCGAACCCUCCGCGUUCGAUCCUCUACAUGAACUCGAAAUUCUCCACUACGAGUCAUCUGUGAUGAUCCGUGGAGCGACGUGUGUGCUCAACCACCCUACUGAGGUGUUUCGGUUGUAA